AUGGGUUUGGUGGAAACUAAGAAGGAGAUUAUUGACGAUUUUACGAUUCGUAGGCUUUGGCCAAACUUGGACUUUGAUUACUGUUAUUCUAGUUCUAAUGGUGCUUCGGGAGGUUUAGUUUGCGUUUGGAAGUCUAGUUUGAUUUCUGUUACAAACAUCAGAAAGAGUGAUAGAUGGAUUACAUUGGAUUUUAUUUGGUUCUUUAAACCAAUUCGGUUCAUUUUGAUUUAUGCUCCAAACUGUUCUAUCGCUAGGGCGUCUUUAUGGACAGAUCUUUUACAUGAGAUAGUUUGUGAUGGUCUUUGCUUCUUGUCAGGCGACUUUAACAAAAUCAUAAGUCCUAUAGAGAGAUCAAAUUGCAGUAGUUAUUCUUCUUCAAUGAUUGCUUUUGCUGAUUUUAUUAAUGUGACCGGUUUGCUAGAGGUUCCUUUACAAAGGAGAUUUUUCACUUGGCAAAAUAGUAUCUCCAAAUCCAAGAUCGACAGAUGUUUUGUUUCCCCUUUGAUUUAUAGUACUUGGCAAGAUCUUCACUUAAAGGCUUUGUCGAAAUCAUUCUCGGUUAUUUUCUCUUCGAUGGGGAAAGUAGAUUGGGGUCCUCGUCCAUUUAAGUCGAUAAACGCUUGGUGGGAUCAUCCGGACUUCAUGGAUUUUGUUACUUCUUCUUGGCAAUCUUCUAAUUCGGAUUGUUGUUUAUUGGUCAAACUCAGAGAGCUCAGGAAGAAAAUAAAAGAUUGGAAUACCCAUGUAUUUGGAGACCUGAACUCAAAGGCUGUUUCUAUUCAGCUUAAUAUUGAUAAUCUCGAAUCUACUUCAGAUAACAAACAUCAUACUGCGGAGGAGUCUCAAUCUUUGACUGUUCUUAAGUCAGAGUUAUUCACUGUCACAUAA